GAGAGCGACAGAGAGAGAGAGAGAGAGAGAGAGAGGGGAAAAGAGAGAGAGGGAGAGAAGGGGAUGGAGGGAGAUCAUGAUCCAAACACAAACGAAGUAUACAAAGAAUGCUUGAGAAACCAUGCAGCCAGCCUCGGCAGCUACGCCACAGAUGGUUGUGGCGAGUUCACACUUGACCACGCAUCCCCAGGCGGCUUACAAUGCGUCGCCUGCGGAUGCCACCGCAACUUCCACCGCAGAGUCACUUACUCAGCCACGUCAUCGCAAGCUGCAGGAGGCGGUAGAUCAGGACAUCAUCAACACCAUGUCAUCAUGAGCUGCAGUAGCCGAGGUCGAGAUCCCGCCGAAAAUAUCAUAACACAAGACCAACUUGUUGACUAUAAUGCCGGUGGAGGUGGGUCGCCGGACAGCGGAGAGAGGAUGAGCAGCGGGAAGAAGCGGUUCAGGACUAAGUUCACGGCGGAGCAGAAGGAGAAGAUGCUGGCGUUUGCUGAGAAGUUAGGGUGGAAGCUGCUGAGAAAAGAUCUAGAGGACGAGAUAGAGAGGUUCUGCAAGAGUGUAGGGGUAAGCAGACAGGUGUUCAAAGUGUGGAUGCAUAAUCACAAAAACCUUUCAUCUUCUUCUACUUCUGCAUCCACUGGCAAUGCGUCUUCUCUCACUACCCAGUAGUACCACCUCUCUACUCUCUAGGCACUAAUUAAUCCUCUUAAUCCAUCGCUUUAGCUUUAGCCUUUUAUUUUCUUUCCUUUUUAUUAUUUGGACGUGUUUGGUCCUCAUCAUUUAGUUUUUUUCUUUUCUUUUUUUUCUUUCUUUUUUAUCAUUAAGCUAUAUAUAAUUUAAUCCUACCUUAUCUCUGCGGUCGGUUGUAAUUCAAGGGAUGCUAAAAUGCCAUUUGUUUUUUUGGUU